GUAUCCCAGGUAUUUCUGGAAUUCCAGGAAAUCCCGCAAGAGAUGGUAUACCCGGGUCACGUGGUCCUGCGGGAGCAAAAGGGGAGCCUGGGGAGAGAGGAUAUGAUUACGUAGAUCUGGUGAAGUCAAAUUGGAAACAAUGUGUUUGGAAGAGAAGAGAUAACAAGGAUUUUAUGUAUUUAAGUAACAGUUCAAAUACAAGAAAGAGGACAUUACCGGUAUUUCAAAGUCCGGACUGUGAAAGUGCGUUUUUAAAAAGAAUCGCAAGCGACCCUUAUUAUAGUAAUGUACAGGUAUUUUGA